ACAAGAAAAAUGAAAAAUUAUAAACAUAUAAAUUUAAAUUAAGAAAAACUAACAUUGGAAAAACAAGAAAUUAAUAUAAAAGAAAAAAACCAACAAAUAAUAUUAUAAAUAAAAUAAAUUUAUAAGACACAAUCCGCGCGAAGCGCGGAAAAAAUCUCUAGUGAUACUAUACAAAGAAAAUAAUGAUUCAUACACAGAUAGUUAGAAAUAAUCAAAAACUAAAGAAACUCCUUUUACCUACAAGUGAAGGGGUCCCACGUCUAUUUGUACAUUUUUCUUAAAAAUGAUGUUAAUAUGAAUUAAUAUAAUAAAAUAAAUAAAUAUGAACAACAAUAAAAUACUUUUCCAUUUCUCUAAAUACUUUUAAAUUUUUUUGCAUCUGUUUCUCAAAUUAAUAUAUAUAUAUGAUUUUAAUUCACACCUAUAAUCAAUUAAAAAUUGUUAAUACAUUAUACUAUUUAUAUUUCAUUAACUAAUAUAAAACUUCAAUUAGUGUAUAGAAAAUACUAAAUAAUAUUGUUAAAUAAUAAUAAUUUUAACUUAAUAUGAAUUAUAAUAAUAUUUAUGUGUUUUAUUUAAUUACUCACAAUUCAAAAGUGGUUUAAAUAUUUUAAAAUUGAAAUGUUACUUAAUCAUAAAGCAUAAAACUAUCAUACUAUUCACCAAUAAUUAUAUUGAUUUUCAAAUUAUUCAAAAGUUGGUAUAUAUUUUUAAUUUAAAACUCAAAAUAGUUACAUAUAUAUGUUUAAAUUAAUUUUCUAUUAUAUUUUGAAUAAGCUUAUUAAAAUUAUGAUUAAAAUAACUAAUUUUAAUUAUGUAAAAUAAAUAGUACUAUAAAUUUUUAUAUAAAACAUUGAUUGUAAUACUGAUUAACUAAUCUACAAUCUGAUUAAUACUGAUUAAAGUCAAUUUUUUUUUUUAAUAUUGAUUGUUCAUUAAUAAAGGCCCAGCUAAUCUCAAAGUUUUCACAUGGGUCUCAUUAGCUAAUCUAUAGGGUCUGUUUUGACAAAAUGUAAAUUAUCAUAUUUCAAAGUAACUAUAGUAAUGAAAUAUCAAAACCCAAACCGUAUUACAAAAAAGGCCCAACAGACAUUGGUUCUUUUUAGGUUUGUACAAUUUUCUUAUAGAAAGUUGUGCCAACGUAAUAUUUGUCAACGGCUACAAGCCUACAACCUGGGAGACGCAAAAAGAAAAUAUGACCGUUCUAAUUGAUCUGUUGGCUCGUCUACAGAAGCGCUCUCGUUCCUAUAAAUUUGGUGUAUUACCACAUACAAUUUCUUACAACAGACCAUUCUUAUAACAGACAAUUCUUACAAUAACAAGCAGAUUCUGGUGAUGGAGAAAACCAUCCUUGGAAACCUCGAAUGGCAAUACGUGUUCCUUGUCCGCUUCAUUACAGCUUCCAUGUCUGACCCAAAGGUGAGUUGAGUUUUGCUUAAAAGUAUCUGUUAUUCUUACAAUAUUGAUUGUAAAGAGACUUGACUUUGGUUUUGUUGUUGUUGUAAGAACGCAAAAGACUUUAUCCGCCAAAUAUUUUUUUUCGUGUCACUUAACUGAAGAGACUUAUUUUGUUUUUUUUUUCUUAGCUCAGCUUUUACCGAAUGCUCAGAAGGAGAGGAAGCUAAUCAACAGUGGUGAUAACAACUUAUUUUUACCGGCACCGUUUCAAGUCAAGAUUCCGUUAGCCGCAUCAUCACCGUCACAGCUGCGGUAUAAAAUUCCUUAUUAGUUUCUUUGUAAGUAUGUUUUUUUGGUAAAAAUCUUUGUAAGUAUGUUGAAAUCUCUAUGGUCAUCUUGUUUAAAAGUCUGGCAUUAUGUCUCUGCUACGGAUUGUUAAACUAAUUUUUUGUCACUUUCUUUUGUUUGGGAAUUUUUGAAGUUGCUUGAUUGAUAAUAGAAAUUUAUGUGUAUUCAUAAUGUGUAAGCAAACAGAAAGUGACGUCCUGUCAUUAAUUUGACCGUUAGAGAUCGUAUUGUUUCAUUUGACUCUCACACAGUAAUGAUCACUAAGUUCCUGCUAAUCAAUCUAGUAAUUAAAAAAAAUUCCUCUCAAUUUUUAUAUAUUUUUUUUAACUCUUAUGUUAUAUAUACUCAGGUUUUUUUGUUAGGAAUUUUUAAAUAUUGUUCAACUGAUAAUAGAAACUUAUGUGCAUAUUAAUAAUGUCAUAUUUUAUUUGAUUCGCACAAAUGUGAUAACUAAGACCAUGAUUAAUCUUGGUUCUUAGGGUGAAGUUCUUAUUUACAGUUUCUUAGUUUUUAACUAGGAAAAGUUAAGAAGUGUAUUUUAAAUAAGAGAUAUAAGAGUCGACUCUUAACCGAAAAACGUAAAAACACACAAAAAAGGUUAAAUCAUGAGUUAAGAACCCAAAAUUAAAAAUCUGGAUUAAUCAUGCUCUAAGUUUCUCUAAUCAAUCUAGCAAUUAAAAAAAUUCCUCUCAAAUUUUUAUGUUUUUCUAAAAUUUUCCUGGUUUUCUAAAAUCUUCUGUUAUAUUUUUCUUUAAGAGUUUUUGGGUUUUCUGAUUGAUAAUGGAAAUUUCUAAUGUGUGGAAUCAAAUAAGUAGAAUGUAACGUCAUAUUAUUGAUGUGAUUUCCCUCUCAAAUUUCCAAUUUUUCGUUGUAAAAAAAUAAAAUUCCAUGUUUUUCUAAAAUCUUAAAACCUGCUUGCGUGUUUGUAUAUUUGUCUGUUUGUUUGUAUGUCUACGUGUUUUCUUGUUUUUGGGUUUGCUUGGUUGCCUCUCUGAUUGUGUGCUUUUGUCAAAGUUUUUUUCAUUAUACUCAAACACAAAUCUCCUUUUAUUGUCUGAUGAUUUGUUUGAACGACUACGAGGGUCAUGGACUCAUGAUACUCCAACCUGCGAGAUGCUGUUAAGUUGGAUGAGGCGGUUUAAGUUGUGCGGCAAAUGGUGGAGCUGGUUGUAUUCAUGAUCUGGAAAGUGAUGAUUAAUUCAAGGGUCUCUUAAUUCAAUGUGUUUUAUUAGAAGAAAUAUUAGUGAUGUGGUGAAGCCAAGAAGAUUGAUUUACGGCCACGUAGGAUUCAAUAUGAGCUGGAUUUAAUAAUGUUCACAUAAAAAGAGCCAUCACAACAUAAUAAAAUAAAUUGUUCAUGUUCCUUUAUAUUUUAUUGUUUCAUCCUAAAUUUAUUUAUUUGUUUGUACUUCAAAAAAAUUCCGAAAAUCUUGGAAACUAUUAGAGGACUAAAAAAGUUGUUAGAGAGAGAGAGACCAAACAAAACUGCAGAUGAUUGAUUUGCAAUGGAUUUUGAUUAUUCAGGAAAGAACAAGAAGAAAUAAAGAUUAAAAAAAGACAGAAAAAACUCAAAAACCAUAUUUCAUCUCUUUUAUUUGGUUAAUGCCAAAUAAAACAAACUCAUAAUUUAUGAAAACUUAAGUUAAAAUAUUAGAAUCUUGGAGAAACUAUUGUUUUUUUCUUGAAGAUAGGCUUCAUGUGUGGGUUUUUGAGACAAUGCAGAGGGAGAGAAUGAGCAAGAAGAAGAGUAGUCAGGUUCAUUGUAUUUCCUCUCAUGAUCAUAUUCUCAUGAUGGCUUCAACUUCAAAACACAUUCCUGAGAUCAGAUUGUACAAAGCCUGGAAGGGUAACAACGUAAUAAUAUAUUCUUUACCUGAAGCCAAUAAUAUUACAUGUUUCCUCCUAUUCAAAUAUGAUUAUAUGAUUAUGCUUUUGUUGCACCAGAGAUUUUUCUGUGGUGGGAGACUAAUCUUUGGUCCUGAUGUUAACUCUCUCUUCCUAACCUCUUUCUUGAUUGGAGCCCCUGCCCUUACAUUCUGCAUAAGGAUGCUCGUGUGGAUUCAAAAAGACGAUCCUAUCUUCAACUACACCGUUACUUCAGCAUUUAUCCUCACCCUCUUGGUGUUUACGUUUCUAUUCUUGACAUCAGCUAGAGAUCCAGGAAUCAUCCCAAGAAAUAAAACAUCAGUAAAUCUUGAAGAUAGCUCAAAUAGUUCCUUGACACAGUCUAUGGAAUGGGUCAACAACAAAACUCCUCAUCUCAAGAUUCCUAGAACAAAAGACGUUUUCGUUAACGGCUACACUAUCAAAGUCAAGUUCUGUGAGACUUGUUUGCUCUACCGUCCACCACGUGCAUCAGACUGCUCCAUAUGUAACAACUGUGUCCAACGCUUUGAUCACCAUUGUCCAUGGGUUGGACAAUGCAUUGCCCAUAGAAACUACCCGGUCUUCAUCUGCUUCAUCUCAACGUCAACAUUGUUAUGCAUAUACAUCUUUGCGUUCUCAUGGAUCAAUCUAAUCCGACAGCCUGUGAGAUUGUGGAGUACAAUGUUUCAUGACAUAAUCUCUGUCAUUCUCAUCAUCUAUUCAUUCGUUUCUAUCUGGUUCGUUGGUGGCCUUACCAUUUUCCACGUCUAUCUUAUGUCUACAAAUCAGGUAAAACACUUAGCUAUACCAUUAGGAACAUACUUGAAAAUCUUGUUAUCUAACAUCUUUCUUUGUGUUGUGUCUGUUUUUUGGCAGACAACUUAUGAGAAUUUUCGGUCCCGUUAUGAUAAGAAAGAAAACCCUUACAAGAGAGGGUUGCUGAAGAACGUUAAAGAAGUGUUGUUCGCCAAGAUCCCACCUUCUCAACUAGAUCUCAGAGCAAUGGUCCCAGAAGAAGAUGACGGAUCUGAGUAUGAGUCAGAGUAUAGCUCUUCCAUCAUAUAUGAUAAUGAAAAGGGAGGCAAACUCCCUAAAAGGGUGAGCCCGGAGAAACUUAACUUAGAUAAUAUUGACAUUAGCAAUGAAUACAAGAGAGCUAAAGAUGAUGCUUCUUCUGAGCUUGAUCCUUCUUUCUUCUCAUCUCAACUAGACUUGCCUAAGUAACAGCAAUGAAAUGACCCUCUUUAAUGUUAUAUCAUAUUUUAUCUAUAUUGUCAGGAAUAUUCUGAUGGAAUAGCAAGUACUCAAAGGAUUAGCUAGGUUUGAUUAGAGACCUAAAGUAAAAUUGUACAAAUGUAGCCCUUGAAGUUUUAUACUAUUUUACUUAUAUAACUCAAUAUUUUUGUUAGGGUUAAAACAUAAAUUUUGAGAAAAAAUCAAAAAUAUGAUAAUAUUGUUUUAAUGCAUAGUUGGAUCCUGCACUAACAUAUGAUGAAUUUCAAAUAGGUUUGAAACCUUUGUUGUCUCCGUUUCUCUAGAGAAUAACGAUUUUAUAGUGGUUACUCCACUAAUUUAGAGAGUAUUGUGAAGUUUUACUAAAUUAAUUGAUAAA